UUUAAGUUAUUUUCUGUGAAUUUACUCAUUGUCUUAAAAAAUUGGCAAAUAUGGCCAUUUUGACAUAUUUGCCAAAUAUUAGCAUACGGCAACUCAAGUAUGUUCUUAAUUUGUUAAGUCACCAACUGUUGGUGGUGACUUGAAAUAAGUAAGAGCAAAGUUGUCACCAAUCUAUGGGAUUUUUAUAUUACUGAUAUUUUUCAGUAAUGCACUGUAGUCAGACCUUGUAGACUUAACUCUGAGCUGCUCACACAAUUACUAAAUCAUUGUGAAAUACCUAACUGGAAAUACUGGCCUUUAAAGUCUCUAGUUAUAAUUAAAUGGGUGACUUUGAAAAUUGUGCUGGCUGUUCAGACAUUUUCAAAUGAGAACAGAAUGCAUUUGUUUCAGACUGGUAAACUGCAGAAGGUUAAAUAACACCAAAUACACUUGAGUUUCUCCUAAGAAAAUGACUUGGGCCUCCAGAUUACAUCUCAUAUUUUUUAACCUAUCAAGUUUGUGUUUUUCCAUAUGAAAUGUCUUUCCCAACUACACCUGCCCUUGGAGAGUCUGAAUAACAGACUUAAAGGAAGUAUCCUUUCCAGAUGAGUUGAAGAAUGUCAUCUUAAAAGAAUGAACAGCUGGUCAUGUAGAAAUUCUCUGGAAUGCUCACUCGUCCUACAAAGGGGGAGGGGACAGAAAACAUGUUAGGUGUAGUUUUUUUGUUAUUGGUUUACAGAAUCGUAAAUCUUUGAGACAUAGUUUUACUAGAAGUCUACAUAAUUUUAACAGUUUUCUCUCUCCUGAAAAGAUUGCUAAUCAAUUAACAAUGUGAAGUCCAGAGAUCUGGCCAAGCGUAAUUUAGUGGGACUCAGGAUUGCUGGCUGGAUUGUCCCGUUUGAUCAGACGUUGUUGCUUAGAUGAAGAUUCAGGACGCCCUCAUGUAAAAAAGUUAUCCUUUGUUCUGAUUACCUUGGGAUUAAGUUCGAAUUUCUUACCAUGACACACAAAGGAUUCGAUUCUUGCUUAGCUCUCUAAGCUGCUCUCACGUUCUCCUCCCCUCUUGAAUUCUUUGCUCUUGCCGCACAACUAGCAGAUGAGCUAAUCUGUCUGUUCCAGUUUGGGCAUAAUAGCAGCCCUUCCUCUUAACCUUGGCCCACGCUGACUUGUCCAGCCCUGGUUUAAUUCUUCUUCGUGUCCUCGUGAGGGUCCGCACAUACUUGGGGCUGUUUAGGGGUGAAUUUCCCUAGCGGUAGGCUAGGUCUCAGUUACACUUUACUUCCCAGGAAGCGGCUUCUAUACGCAUUGUUUAAAUGUAGGAGUAGGAGGGAUCUGGGAACAUGGCCUUCCCGGGGUCACAGAUAAAUGAGAUUCCCAAACCAAGAUCUGGCCAGGCGCUUGGAAAGAGAGACCCGCGGAGGCCGAUCAGGCAUUUGGAACUGUGCCUUGCAGUGUGGGAUCUCAGCACCAGACGUUCCCCCGGUUUGUAGUUAGGAAGCUGUUACUGUUUCAAGAGACGUUGCACACCGUCCCGACGGCUCAAGAAGAAAGCCGAAGACAAGCCAGUGCCUGCGGUCGGGGUCGAGAAAAAGCAGGCGAGAUGCGACCUGACGUGGGUCCGCCUUUCUCCACCCGUGGCAAACCCGACAGUUGCACUAUUGCUUUCACAAUCGCCCUCUGCAAGAAGAGCUACUUAAUGACCGUGAGCGAACAUGCGUGGGAAGCACGGUGUCCUCUCUGUGCGCUCAGUUGUUUACCCAGCGUCCGGGGCAGGCACACCCGCGGGACUUGCGAGCCUCGGUCCCGGCCUCCCAGUUCACCCAGGCCACAACGCUGGUUCUGCGGGCUCUCGGAGCCCAGCGCAAAUUCCCAGGGCUAAUUCGCAAGGACCGAGAAGCCGCACUGCCAGGAGGCUGCCCCCGCCUGCGCAGCCGGGUCCUCACUGUCCGAGGCUGUUAGCACAGAGCCUCGCGGGCCUGGGAGAGGCGGGACGCGGGGGAUGGCCUCGCAGCGCCCUGUGGACGUCGGCAUUAGUCGUCAGGCAGCCAGGGCUCCUUGGGCGAUCGCCCCGGGUGGAGGAGAGGAGUUUCCGGGGCUCGGGUCCCGGUCGCCUUCCAGGGGCACGAGCGCGGAAGCAAGUGGGCGGCGAGAGGCGGAGCGAGGGACGCGGGGGGCGUGGACUCAGCCGGCUUUGGAAAGGCCCCAAGUUAAUGAGGCGUGCGCCGGCUGCCGAGCGCCUCUCGGAGCUGGGCUUUCCCCCGCGGUGCGGGCGCCAGGAGCCGCCUUUUCCGCUGGGUGUCACUCGGGGGUGGGGAAGAUGGCCCAUUCAAAAGCGCCGCGAGGGGGCCAAGCCAGUGCCCUUCAGUGAGCGCUCGCAAGAGGACGGCAGAGGCCCGGCGGCUCGCAGCUUCGGGACCUUGUGGCGCAUCAGGACGCGGCUGUCCCUCUGCCGGGACCGAGAGCCGCCGCCGCCGCUCUGCCUCCUGCGUGUUAGCUUCCUCUGCGCGCUUCGGGCAGGCGGCCGUGGGAGCCGCUGGGGCGAGGACGGCGCGCGGCGGCUGCUGCUGCCCCCGGCCCGAGCGGCUGGAAGCGGAGAGGCCGAGCCUAGCAGCGGCCCCGCUUAUGCUGGGAGGAUGCUGGAGAGCAGCGGCUGCAAGGCGCUGAAGGAGGGCGUGCUGGAGAAGCGCAGCGACGGGUUGUUGCAGCUCUGGAAGAAGAAGUGCUGCAUUCUCACCGAGGAGGGGCUGCUGCUCAUCCCGCCCAAGCAGCUGCAGCAGCAGCAGCAGCAACAGCAGCAACAGCAGCAACAGUCCGGGCAGGCGCCGGCGGAGCCGUCCCAACCCAGCGGACCCGCUGUCACCGCCCUCGAGCCGCCGGUCAAGCUCAAGGAAUUGCACUUCUCCAACAUGAAGACCGUGGACUGUGUGGAGCGCAAGGGCAAGUACAUGUACUUCACUGUGGUGAUGGCAGAGGGCAAGGAGAUCGACUUUCGGUGCCCGCAAGACCAGGGCUGGAACGCGGAGAUCACGCUGCAGAUGGUGCAGUACAAGAAUCGUCAGGCUAUCCUGGCGGUCAAGUCCACGCGGCAAAAGCAGCAGCACCUGGUCCAGCAGCAGCCCCCGCUGGAGCAGCAGCCGCAGCCCCAGCCCCAGCCCCAGCCCCAGCCCCAGCCGCAACCCCAGCCCCAAACCCAGCCCCAGCCCCAGCCCCAGUCACAGCCCCAGCCUCAGCCCCAACCCAAGCCUCAGCCCCAGCAGCCCCACCCGUAUCCGCAUCCACAUCCACAUCCGCACGCUCAUUCGCAUCCGCACCCGCACCCUCACCCUCACCCGCACCCGGUGCACCCGCAUCCGCGCCAAAUACAGCACCCGCACCCACAGCCGCACUCGCAGCCGCACGGACACCGGCUUCUCCGCAGCACCUCCAACUCCGCCUGAAGGGGGCAGCUCCCGGGCCAGACAAGGUUUUGAGGACUUGAGGAAGUGGGACGAACACAUUUCUAUUGUCUUCACUUGGAUCGAAAGCAAAACGGUCUCCCCGCCCCGCACCAGAUCAAGUAGUUUGGACAUUACCCUACUGAAAACUUGCGAUUCUUCUUAGUUUUCUACGAUGCAGGAAACGAUUUCAAGUCAAGAAGACUUUAUUUAUGAACCUUUGAAAGGAUCUUCUAGCACGGUGAAUUUUAUAGGAGGGAUAAUGUACUGUAAUUUUAUUUUAAUGUAUUUUGAUUUAUGGUUAUUUAUUAGUUUUUUUUAAAUGCUUGUUCUAAGACAUUUCUGAAUGUAGGCCAUUUGUCAAAAAGGAAACAUUAUUUUCAAAAACCUAUUCCAUAGUAAGUCCUUAUCUCGGAAAAUAAAAAAGGGCGGUGGAGGGAAAAACAUGAAUCUAUUCAUUAUUCCUAGAGUAUUUUCAGAAAGUCUGACACUUUUCAUUGUUAUGCCAGGUGGUUGAAAUUAAACUCUGAUACUACUUUUUUUGAGGUUUUUUUUUUUUUUUUUCCCCGUAGACAUAGAGUUUGUAUAGAAGUUUUAAAAAGCUAAAAGUUUAAAAUGGUGUAAUUUAUGAAAAUCUAACACUCGAGAUAGUUUCUAAAAGGAAAUCAGUAGUGAGGACACCUGAUUUCAAAAUAUUUAAAACAUAACCUAACUGAUGGUAGGAUGAUUAUAUCUCGAAUAUGUGGUAGGGUCACAUUUACUGUAGGAAAACCUAGCUUAUAUCGUCUGUGUGUAAAGGGCCUAAUAAGGAGACGAGGCCUUUUGACUUAUAAGUACGUUUGCUGUUUUAUUUCAAAAGUGUUGUGGAGGCAAAGAGUAGAUUUAACUUGUGUAAGAAAAUAUUUGUGCUCCUGUCCAGGCUGGGAGACCUUUCUCUGAAAGCUUUGCACACUUGACUUGAACCACAUUUUCUGAUCCCUUUACCUUGUUUUAGAAACACACUGAAAAAUCUCGUCGUUUAAAUUACAAUUUGUAGAUAUUUCGAAGGUCUAGGAGUCAUAACUUUUUAUUUUCAUACAGAAAAUGAUGUUGAUCAGAGAAACCAACUGUUUUGCUUUUCAUUGCUCGGUGAGAAAUGUGAGGAUUCUGUUUUGUUGUUAGGUUAGUUAAACUCAGAGAUUGAAAAGACUGGAUAAACACAGGAUUUUCAGUAAGAAAACAACCCCAGUCUUGUGUUAGAAGCCACUUGUUGAGGAGUCCGGGGGGAAAAAAAGAGGAUGUGCUUUUAAAGGUAGAACAAACCUUCUUCUGUGUUAAAUCAAAAGGAUGGUCAAAAUCCACCAGGGCAGAUGCUACUUAAGUUUAAAUGGAGCCAUAGAUGAUACCAAGUCCUCUUGGGGCUGAAAAUCACUUCCUAUCUGCAUGGCUUUACUAACUGGUUUCUGUUUUCCAUUAUCUUUUUCACAGAAGGUCUUGGUCAGUACUUUUCCGGCAUUUCAAUGGAAAUGGUCAGUAUUAGACCACUGCUAGGUUAUGUAGUCAAGAAGUAAAAAACAGAAUUGUAUGCUA